AAGAACACUAACAAAAGAGAGAGGGGGAGAAAUCACAGAUCAUUCUUGUUUGCAAAUUACUCUUAGCAUUCAACAGAUUUCAGGAAUGGAUAUUGGCUUAGCAGUUGGUGGUGCAUUUCUUAAUGUUCUGUUUGAGAGGCUUGCUCCUCAGGGUGAUCUUCUCAAGAUGUUUAAAAAAGUUUGUAGCUUAUUACUCUCCUAAGGCUGGGGUUCUCUUUGAUGAGGCUGAACUGUUUACCUCCCAACUUGAGGAAAUGCAGCAGAUUGAGGAAUUAGAUAUUAGUGAUGGCAACUCUCUUACCUCCUUGCCUAUUAGCAUUCUGCCGAGUACGUUGAAGUCAAUAAGGCUAUGUCUUUGCCGGAAAUUGAAAUUGGAGGCACCAGAUAGUAGUAAGAUGAUUUCUAACAUGUUUCUGGAGGCAUUGUAUCUGGUUGGAUGUGAUUCUAUAUCAUCACAUGAGCUGGUCCCACUAGCACGCCAUUUGUUUGUAAGGAGUUGCCAAAACCUUACUAAGUUUUUGAUUCCUGAUGGGACUGAAAGACACGAUAUUGGGUUAUGUAAGAAUCUUGAAAUACUACUUUCUUCGGUGGCAUGUGGGACCCAGAUGAUGUCAUUGUUUAUUAACGAAUGCAAAAAGCUGAAGCGGCUGCCAGAACGUAUGCAGCAACUCCUUCCAUCUCUUAAGGAGCUGCGACUGUGGGAUUGUCCAGAAAUAGAGUCCUUUCCUGAUGGAGGAUUGCCCUUCAAUUUACAACUCCUUAACAUCAGGUGUUGCGAUAAACUUGUGAACGGUCGAAAAGAGUGGUGUUUACAGAGACUCUCCUCUCUCAGAGAGUUACACAUCGAACAUGAUGGCAGUGACGAAGAGAUUGUUGGUGGUGAGAAUUGGGACUUGCCAUGGUCUAUUCGAUGUCUUAUCAUAUGCAAUCUAAAAACAUUAAGCAGUCAACUUCUCAAAAGCCUCACCUCUCUUUGUCACGACCCGAACCAGGGCCUGGCCGUGGCGAGCAUUUCGAACCUUUGAGGUCCGAAACACCCCUAUCUGUCUGGUAAUCAUGCACCUAAUUCAUAUGAUCAAAGUAAUGCGGAAGAAGCACAAUAUAACGGAAACAUGGUCAAGAAUCAUAUGAAAACAAUAAUGGGGAAUA